GGCUCCGCCCUUCCUGCUGCCUUUUCCUUUUUUUGGUGCCCCCUCGCAGAGGUUGAAGAGCCGUUUACUUCGUCGCGUCCGCCUUUCGCCGUCGCUGCUGUUGCCUCCGACCCGGGAAAAAGCGAAGCGAAGCGCGUCGUAUGUCCGCUAUCCAGAACCUCCACUCCUUCGACCCCUUUGCUGAUGCAAGUAAGGGUGAUGACUUACUUCCUGCUGGGACUGAGGACUACAUCCAUAUAAGGAUCCAGCAGAGAAACGGUAGAAAAACCCUCACCACAGUCCAGGGCAUCGCCGAUGAUUAUGAUAAAAAGAAACUGGUGAAGGCCUUCAAGAAGAAAUUUGCCUGCAAUGGUACCGUGAUUGAGCACCCAGAGUAUGGAGAGGUGAUCCAGCUUCAAGGGGACCAGCGGAAGAACAUAUGUCAGUUCCUUGUUGAGAUUGGACUGGCUAAAGACGACCAGCUGAAAGUCCAUGGGUUUUAAGUGCCUGUGGCUCGCCAAAGUCUCAAGGGGGAAGACUUCCCUAAGAUGAGAAAUUCCUUGUGCCCCGCAUCACUAGUUUAAAAACAAGCCAGCUUGCAAAAUGUAAUCGCAUCAGGUUCCCCUUAGUCUGGACUAGUGUAACUCAGCAAUGUAAUAAACUGACAAGAGCCCACGUUGUGUCGUCUUGCUGUUCCUCAUUUAAACCAGGCCCAGUUGUGGUAUAAAGCCAGAAGCUUAUUCUACACAAGACACUUCAGAUAAGAGGCCAUGAAUGUUUUGGCUGUGUUGGGGACUUUCUAAAAAACUUUCAAGCCACCAUGUCAUAGAAAUUGAGGCUAAUAACUAGAGGUGCUUGUCUGGAACAAACUGUGACACUUAAGUGGCAGAGUGCAGAGUUUGGGUCUGAAUUGCCUUCGUACAUCUGAAGGAAUCUUCCUUCAAAGGUAUCAGGGGAUGUGGAAACCAAAGUCCCCGUUCCCAGACCCAUCGAUAGCAGACUCAAUCUGUGGCUUAAAGUUAAGGGAGCAGUUUUAAAAUAGGUUUGUCAUUGUGGAGUGCUGCUUUUAACAACUAAUGACCCUGUGAAGCAACAGUUUUCUUGGUUCAAGUCCUGAUGUUCUGUGAAAUGUAUUUAAACAAUUAUUUAAAUAAAAAUGAUUUUCAGAAACA